AUGCCGCCCCCGGAGAAGAACCGAAGCCCCCCUGCCCGGGCGCUCGCGGGCCGCGCUCGGGGUAGGCUGCCCAGCCUGCCGUCGCCGGCGCUGUUCUGCGCCUGCGGCCUGUGCGUGCUGCUGGCGGGCGUGAACGUGACCCUGGUGGGCGCCUUCGCCUCUUUCCCGCCCCGAAGCAACGCGCCGCUUGUCGUGGGGCCGGCGCUGCUGGCGCUGGCGCUCCUCUGCUUCGCUGUCUGCUGCGCGUGUAGCCGCCGGGGCCCCGCUCCCCGCGCGCGCUCGGCGGCGGCCUCGGGCCCGGGCCCGGGCGGCGGCGGCGGCGGGCCGGUGGCGCUGGAGAUGGAGAGCAGCGAGCGCACGGCGCAGGACACAACGGCCGUGCAGCUCAGCCCUGCCGCUUCGGCCGCGUCUUCGAGCCGCUCCAGCCCCGGUCCCUUCGCCCUGGACGUCCCCACGCCCGCAGUGGUCUACGCGCCGCGCACCGAAGGGGUCCAGCUCAACCUGCCCCGGGAGCGCGUCGCCCCCUAG